GCGGCGGCCGGGCGGUACACGGCCACUGCGACAGGCUAGUUCGCACGCAGCCGGCCAGGCCUGUGCCUUCCGACGGAGGAUCGGCUGUCUCAGAGAAAUAAAACGAAAAGAUAAGGUUCGCGAUCGCCGCUCCCGGCGUAACGAUUACCAGGUUGUCCGGAGCUCGCUCAGCGAACCAGCGCAGCCUCCGCGUGGCAUCUGUCGGAGUCGAUCCAAUUAGCGUGACUGAGUUGACUGGCCUCCCGCACUCUCUGGUCCUGGAUCGAAAAUGGCGGGUAAAGGAGUGACUUCGCAGCCGCUGCCCGCCGGGCCUCCAGUGGGCAUCGACCUGGGGACCACGUUCUCCGUGGUGGCGGUGUGCCGCAAGGGCAAGGUGGAGGUGCUGGCCAACGACAGCGGCAGCCGCACCACCCCCAGCGUGGUGGGCUUCAUGGGCGGCGAGUCCUUCGUCGGGGAGGCCGCCAAGGACCUGCCGGCCUCGAGCCAGGUCUACGACGCCAAGCGGCUCAUCGGCCGUCCCUGGAAGGACGACAAUGUGCAGGCCGACCGGAAGCUGUGGCCCUUCGACUUGGUGGAGGAGAACGGGGCCCCGAUCAUCUCGGUCAACAUGGACGGGAAGAGCGAGAUCUUCGCGCCGGAAGAGAUCUCGGCCAUGGUGCUGAAGGACCUCAAGAAGACGGCCGAGGACGCCCUGGGCCAGACGGUGACGAAGGCAGUCAUCACCGUGCCGGCCUACUUCAACGAGCGCCAGCGCCAGGCCACCAAGGCAGCCGGCGCCAUCGCGGGCCUGGAGGUGGUGGGCAUGAUCAACGAGCCCACGGCGGCCGCCAUCGCGUACGGCCUGGACAACGAAUCGUCCACCAAGAAGACGGUGUUCAUCUACGACCUGGGCGGCGGCACGUUCGACGUGUCGGUCAUGGUCAUCCAGGACAGCGAGUUCAGAGUCGUGGCGUCGGGCGGGGACACGCACCUCGGCGGCCAGGACUUCGACACGCGGCUGCUGAACCACUGCGUCGAGCUGUGCUUGCAGGAGAUCCGCACCCAGCACGGCAUCGACCUGUGGGCCUUGAAGGACCAGCAAAGCCUGCAGGAGGUGCGCAGGGCGUGCGAGCUGGCCAAGCGGAAGCUGUCGAGUGUCCACGAGGCGCCGCUCUCGGUGUUCCUGGCGCGCCACCAGCGCGGGUACGCCACCAAGAUCAGCCGGGCGCGCUUCGAAGACCUCUGCGCCGACCUGUUCCGGAAGACGAUCGAAGUGGCCACUGAGGUGCUGGCCGACUCAGAGGUUCCCCGCGCCGACAUCGACGAGGUGGUGCUGGUGGGCGGCUCGACGCGCAUCCCCAAGGUGCGCGCCUUGCUGGCAGCCUUCUUCGGCGGCAAGGAGCUGCGCCACUCCGUCAACCCGGACGAGGCGGUGGCGAGCGGCGCGGCGGUGCGGGCCGCGGUCCUCACCGGCGACACGCAGGCCAACAAGCUUGUCAAGCUCAAGGACGUGACUCCCCUGUCGCUGGGCACUGACGAAAUUGGAGGAAGGUUCAGCGUCAUCAUCCCCAAGAAUAGCCCCUUGCCUUGCAAGAAUACGAGGUAUUACGUCACUGUUGAAGACAAUCAGUCGACAAUUACCAGUGAGGUGUUCCAAGGUGAACGCCCGCUGUUCAAGGACAAUCACAGUCUGAACAAGGAGGUCACAGUUGCUGUGCCCGUCAAACCGGAAGGCCAGGCAGGAGUGAACCUCACCUUCGAGAUCAACGUGGACGGCCUGCUGACGGUGACCUGCGUGGAGCCCACCACAGGGCGCUCACAGGAGGUGCAGAUUACGCAGAAGGAGGCCCACUUGCGCGACGCGGACAUCCGGGCCGAGAAGGCCAAGCGCUACCAGCGCGAGGACGACGACGCACUGCGGGAGGUGCAGGAGCGGUUGCGGGCGCAGAGGUUCUUCUGAUCAGUCCUCGACGCUCAUGCAUGUAAUAUUUAUUAAGGGUUUGAUUGUGAAACCCGUAGUUCCUCUGAUACAUUUUGUAGAGUUUUACAAGCAGUUUCCUGGCUUACGACAAUUCUUAUCGUUCGAAUCAAAGUAUUAAAUCAAAAUUGUGUUUCUGAAACACAA